GUAGCCAUGUAAAACUGAUUUGUUUGCAACCACGGAACAGCUGUCAAAUUAUUUCAAUUUGGGAUUUUUGAAUUUAAUUUUUUGUGUUUCAUAAUUAGCAUAAUUAAACAUGGUUUUAAAAUGUACUGUACCGUCGUGUGGCGUCUAUUCAAGUGACCAAACGCAUCAAAUGUUCCGGCUUCCAUCAGUAGGGAAAAGAAUAAGUGAACAGCAAAAAUAUUUGGCAGAGCAUCGUCUAGCACUAUGGGUGGAGGCCUGCGGGUUGAAAAAAAGUCCUGCUUCGCACCAUCGAGUCUGUAGUCGUCAUUUCUUUUCUGGAAAGCCUGCAAAACCCUGGGAAAAAGAUGAAGUCGAUUGGAUUCCGACUCGCAAUCUAUCGGAAUCGGAUAUGGAUUUUUCAAAUGUGUCAGCGGAAUUAAGAGAAGAGGCAGAAAACGAUUUAAGUGGUCACAGUGAAAAUCUCGGUGCAAAUCAAUCUAGCGCUGUUUCUAAUACGUUGAUGAAUCACGAGGAUUCAGUCAAUGAGAGUAAUAUAGAUUCAGAACACCAAGCAUCAGAGGCCGUUGACAUCCAUGCGAAUCAACUAGAUAAUUCAAACGGCUCAUUGUUUAUAUUGAACGUUCUGAGUCCACUUAUGCCCGCUUCUCAAGAGUUGUCCUUCAAGUCAACUGAUUGUGAUUGGGUUCAAGGUCAACAUGAGCUUCCAGUCAUCAACUCAGAAAAUGAAUCAGGUUCAAUGAACCAAUCUACAUCACUGGAGCUUUCAAACGAUGAGUCGUAUGCAAAUCAAUCUCAAUCAAUAAUCGCAACUGUCAUAUCUGCAACUUCGUACGUAUAUUAAAUCCAAUUUCAUGCCACUAACAAUGGUUUUUAA